AUGUUACAAUGUUUAAAGUUGAAAAAAAUCUUCUUAUUCUCCAUUAUAAUUCUAGCAAUUCUUUCGAUUGUUUUCUGGAUCAUUCCUAUGUCAAAAAAUCAAGAAUGUCACUUAAAUUAUCAUCAUCAACAACAACAACAAAAAAUUUACAAUCAUAUUGUUCAAAAUCCAAUUCGAUUAAAAUCCUGUAAUAAUCAUACCAGCUUAAUAAUCAUUGUUCAUUCUGCAUUAGAUCAUUUUAAUCAUCGACAAACGAUAAGAAAAUUCUUGCGUACAAAUAGUGAAAAUUGGUCAAUAGUGUUCAUAUUGGGACAGCCAUUAGCAGGUGAUAAAACCUUGGAAAGAAAAAUAAAAUAUGAAUCCAAUGUCAAUGGAGAUAUUCUUCGUAUGGCAUUCGUUGAUACUUAUCGUAAUCUUACGUUAAAACAUUUAUCCGGUCUAUUUUGGGUGAUUCAAAAUUGCCAUCAUCAUGAUCGAAUAAUUUGGCUAUUGAAAAUGGAUGAUGAUAUUUUUAUUGAUAAAAUUUUAUUACAAAAAUAUCUAAAACAUUUAUCACAAUCAGAUGAACGAAAAAAUCAAAUAUAUUGUUAUCGAAUGGAUAACACUGGUCCAUUACGUGAUCGAAUGUCAAAAUGGUAUGUAUCGAAUGUUGAAUAUUCAUCCAAUCAUUAUCCAUCAUAUUGUUCUGGAUGGACAUACAUUACAACAAUCGAUACAAUCGAAAAAUUAUUAUGCCCAUUAAAUGAUGAUGAUAAUAAUGAUGAUAAUCGUCAAUUAUUUUGGAUCGAUGACAUUUUUAUCACUGGAAUUCUUCGACAACAUACUGGCAUCAAUUUGGUUGCUAUUAAUCAUCUGUUCAAUUUGAACACACAAACAUUAUAUCGUUGGAUCGAAAAUCGUGGACAAACUAAAUGGUUUUAUAUGUUUAGCCAGACUAACAAUGAUUGGCAUCUGAUGCAUGAUGCUUAUCGUCAAAGAAAAUUUUUUUAA